AUGGAGGUUGUGAAAAAGGAGAUACUGAAGCUCCUUAGUGUGGGUAUUAUUUACCCAAUUUCAGACAGUCAAUGGGUGAGUCCUGUUCAGGUAGUGCCAAAGAAGUUUGGAAUCACAGUGGUAAAGAACGAUGAAAAUGAGCUGGUACCAAAAAGAAUGCAAACCGGGUGGCGAGUUUGUAUAGACUACCGAAAGUUGAAUGCGGCAACUCGUAAAGAUCACUUUCCUUUUCCUUUCAUUGAUCAGAUGCUUGAGAGGUUAGCGGGUCAUCCUUAUUAUUGUUUUCUUGACAGCUAUUCGGGAUAUAAUCAGAUUGUUAUAGCUCCUGAAGAUCAAGAGAAGACAACCUUCACAUGCCCUUUUGUCAAGGGAAUAGAGGUUGAAAAGGCAAAGAUUGAUUUGAUUCGUUCUCUACCAUCUCCGACUAGUGUGAAAGAAAUCGAGUUUAAUGAAAAGUGUUUAGUGGCUUUCAACUUAUUAAAAGACUCUUUGACUACAGCUCCUAUAAUUCAGCCACCAAAUUGGGAGCUACCUUUUGAGCUCAUGUGUGAUGCAAGUGACUAUGCUGUGGGUGCUGUUCUUGGGCAGCGAGUUGACAAGCUUCCUCAUGUUAUAUAUUAUGCUUCUCGCACUCUUAAUGAUGCUCAACUUAAUUAUUCCACCACUGAAAAAGAGCUCUUGGCAGUCAUUUUUGCCUUGGAAAAGUUUUGGUCAUACUUGAUUGGAACUAAAGUGAUUGUUUAUACCGACCAUGCUGCUCUUCGCUAUCUAUUGGCAAAGAGAGAAGCCAAGCCUCGGCUGAUUCGGUGGAUUCUACUUCUUCAAGAGUUUGAUUUGGAGAUAAAAGAUAAAAAGGGUUCUGAGAAUAGGGUGGUGGAUCACUUGAGUCGUCUUAUUCGGGAUGAAGAUAAUUUGCCCAUAGAAGAAAUUUUUUUGGAUGAGGAACUCCUCGCCAUGCAAGAAGUUAUUCCUUGGUGUGUACCUGAAUCUGAAUUUCGGUCCAUCCUUGCGUUUUGUCAUGCUUAUGCUUGUGGUGGACACUUUGGACCUAAGAGGACAGCUCGUAAGAUAUUCGACAAUGGUUUCUAUUGGCCCACAAUUUUCAAAGAUUCUUAUUCUUAUUUAGACUAUGUGUCUAAAUGGGUGGAAGCAAUUGCAACUAGAACGGAUAAUUCAAAAACAGUAGUGGAAUUCAUUCGCUCCAACAUUUUUGUGCGUUUUGGUACACCUAAGCCUAUACUUAGUGAUCGAGGCACUCAUUUUUGUAACAAGAGUAUAGAAGCAUUAUUUCGACGCUAUAGUGUAACUCACAAGGUGACAGUAUCUUAUCAUCCACAAGCCAACGGGCAAGCGGAGGUUUCUAAUCGUGAAAUCAAAUUGAUUCUUGAGAAAACUGUAAAUCCAAACCGGAAAGAUUGGAGAACAAUGCUUGAUGAGGCCUUGUGGGCGUAUCGUACGGCAUAUAAAACACCUAUCGGUAUGUCACCAUAUCGGUUGGUGUAUGGGAAGCCUUUCCAUCUACCGGUAGAGCUAGAGCAUAAGGCUCGGUGGGCUGUAAGGAAGUGUAACAUUGACAUGGUUGCUGUAGGACAACAACGAAUGCUUCAAUUGCAUGAGCUAGAAGAAAUACGCAAUGAAGCAUAUGAGAGCUCGAGAAUAUACAAGGAGAAAACCAAAGCUUUUCAUGACAAACAUAUUCUUCGAAAGAGUUUUGUGGAGGGUCAGAAAGUUCUCAUGUAUCACUCUCGCCUUAAACUUUUUCCUGGGAAGUUGAAGUCUCACUGGUUAGGUCCGUUCACUAUUACCAAGGUUUUUCCUCAUGGAGCGGUCGAAGUUGUAAGUCCAAGUACCGGAAAGUCAUUCAAGGUGAAUGGUCAGAGAUUAAAGUCAUAUUAUGAAUCAAUGGAGAAAGAACAAGCUGAUGUGAUUCACCUCAUUGACCCGGUAUAUGUCGAUGAAUGA